GAAUACACAAGUAUUAAUACGGCGCCCUGGCAAAAUCACAGAAAACAUGGUCUUGGUCUUCUCCCCCCACCCGCUGGCGGCGAAGUAGCACGAGGAAGGGGUCCAAUAAAAAAAAAAAUCGCCACCGGCGGCGACGGCGAGGCGGCAUCAGCGGAUACAGCAGCGGGAGCCGCGGCAGGGGACAGGCGUUGCCGAUCGAUCGGCCUGGCCUGGCGCGGCAGAGGUCAAAAGCGAAAAGGAGGAGCCGCAGGAAUUUCUUGGCACCGAGGCGCACGCAAGGAAUCCAGCGAGUGAGGGAUGGGACGGCAGUUUUCGGAUUCUUCCUGCUGAGUCCUAGGAACUCACGCGCACGAGCGUGGUCAGGAGGGAGAGGCUUACGCGGACGCGGCGGCGCUGGUUUUGAUGAGGAAAGCUGGAGCAAAAGGGAUUCUGGACUGCUGAGCGCGGAUUUCUCCUCAGGUGAACUAUCGGGUUUCAGCUGCUCUUCGUCGUCUCUACUGGUCCGCUGGAAAGAGGUGUUCAUCGGAAAUUCUACCCGAUUCCAGAUCUACCUGUUUUGCUGGAACCAGUUGUUUCCAAAAGGAGAGAAAUUGGUGCUCUCUAGUGCGGAGGCCGAUGGCUGACGGCAAGAGGCUGUUAACUUGAUUUGGCAAGGAGCUGUUGUGGUAGUUCGUCAGUACUGGGUUCAACUCAGACAGAGGGACCUUGGUUUUGGUUUAGCUUCUGGCUUUCAUUGCACGCUGCAGGAUAAGAUUGCUUGUUUGUAUGCGCUGGGCUGGAACCUGGAAUUCGGAACUUCUUUCUGAAUUGUACUGGGAGGGUUCAAGUAUUGACUGAUGAUGGGUGACCAGUGGUGGUGGCAUGGCUGCGGAGGCGUUCUGUAGUUUUUUUACCUCUUGCUUAUGUGCAUGCUAUGUGGACUGAUGCUAUUAUUCUUCAAACAGUACCAUAAGCUUUGGUGGUGUGGUGCUGAAUACCAACCUUAUGUUGUUUUUGUUUUCCAGAGGGAUCAAUUGGAUCCAAGGGUGCGAUUGAUGUGAAUAGUUUAUCUGUUUCCACAGAAAUAGCAGGAAGGCCAUCUGAUUUAAUGAUCAAAUCUUGUACUUGCACUGGAAGGUUAUCAUCUUCUUCAGCUCAUAAUCUUACAGACACAUAUAUUUCAAUGACCUGCAAAAGCUGUACUGGUGAAUCAACAGAAGACAGAGGUGGGCCAUCGUGUAGCGGCAAGCUUAACAAUAUGGGUUUGGAGCUCCCAAGGCCUAUAGAUCUUGAGGUUAAAUGGAUGACUGUAAAAAAAAGGCAAAGGGACACCAGGAGAGCAAGGGCUUCCUUUGGCGAAGACACAAGCAGGGAUGGAAUUGGAUCUUUCUGUUUAUCUGGCUGUGCUACAAAUCAAGAGAUGGCGCAAGACGCUCCAGUCUCUGAAUCUGAGAAGUUUGGAGUAUCCAUUCUUGGUAGACGCUUUAGUGAUCCCAUGGAAAAUGUUCCUAUAAAAAAGAGAAGAUUUCAUAUGGAUUUUUCUCCAUCACCUCCAUUCACUCCAUUGCUAGUGGAUCCAUAUGAAAAGAUACCGGGAAGCUCUUCUAAAGCUGUCAGAUCAUAUGAGAAACAUUAUAAGCUUAAGACGCAACAAAUUGAGUAUAAGGUGGGAAACAAAGGUCGUUUUGGUGACGAUGAUUUUUCUGGUAUUGAUAUACUAGCUUCUGCUGCCUGUGAAAGUGAGAUGAGUGGUGGAAUAUUAGAUGGGGAGUGCUCAACGUUAGCUCACCUCCCAGAAGAAAGGAAACUGGAGAAUACUACUGGUAGCAGCAAAUUGAGUCUAUUACAUAACAUGGAGGAUACGUUAAAUAUUCCUGGUACUUCACAUUGCAUAUAUGAUAUGCCUCUUGGGUCUUCUAGAUCUGCUCCAGAUAUGAAGUCCUUAUUUGUUGCCACACCAACUAUCUUAGAAAAUCUUGUUGAAUCGGCAUCUGCUCCCAAGGUUAAUUGUUCAUUAUAUUCUGCACUGAACAAUGCAAACGAAAUAGAGAUUGUUUCUGAUGCUAAGUCUACAAGUGUUGCAAUUGCAAACAGUUCAGACAAUCCAGAAAAAACUAUAGGAUGUUUAAAGGAUACAGUUGUGCAAACCAACCAUGCCAAUGCGACUAAUGCCAAGUCUACAAGUGUUGCAAUUGCAAACAGUUCAGACAAUCCAGAAAAAACUAUAGGAUGUUCACAGGAUACAGUUGUGCAAACCAACCAUGCCAAUGCGACUCGUGAUUCUAGGCUGCACUGGGAUCUUAAUGUUGCCAUGGAGGCAUGGGGCACUGAUUGCGGUGCUGUUGAGGAUCCUUUAGUUGCUACUGUAAGUGAUCAUGAUGAUGCCAGAAAUGACAUGAACAAACCAGGGACAUCUCAUCAUUUUGAGUCAAGAGAUGGUAGUGUAGUUGAUCACUCUGUUGACACUCAUAUGGAUGAUGCACUGAAACACGUGUCUGCUAAUACAAAGGAUACAUGUGAUUCUCCUGCUGACAGUCCGUCUCACCCUUCGCGCAACUUGCAGCUAUUGGAAUCUGGAUAUGUAGGGAGUGAUGCCCUUGCUGAAACAAUGGAUUUGCCUGACCAGAAGAAUAGCAGGUUCGCUUCAGCUAUGGAUUCACAUAUUAGAUCUGAUCCAGAACCAGCUCUUAUCAUGGAGCAUUUUGCUUCAGCUUCACAUGUGGAGAAAAUCAAUGGUUCGCAUCCCGAACCUGUUCAAUGUGAUGGUUUGUCUAAUAUGUCUUCUGUGAAUGUCCAUAUUGGAAGUAAUUCACUCCAAACAAGUGAAUUGGGCACCACAUUAAAGCCUUUGGCUAGCAUAUUAGUUUCUGAGGAAAGCAAAAACCUUCCAACAGUAGGCACUUCCCAUAAAAAGGUUACUGACUUUGGCUGGAGUGAUAAUAAGCUUGAAGAAGCUUCUGAACAAAGCAUAUCUGAAUCUAAGAACCAGGAGCUUUUGGAUGUUGAUUCAGAAACUAGUAAGAAGGGUGAACAUGACACUGGUAUAUUUUAUGCCAACGAAAGGACAAAAUAUGCAGAAAAUCUCAUUCAUCCAGAGGACAACCAUGGAUCUUCUAAUUGUGAUAUGGCUCAUGUACAUGAAGAAAAUGGUGCUGUUGCAAUGAUUAAUUCUAAAGACUCUUUAAUUACUUGUGCCAACAGUAGCACUGUAGAGACAUAUUACAUUUCAGAUGCAGCUCCUCAGGUUCCUGUUCCCAGUUCAGAAUGCCACAAACUGGAAUGUUUUACUGAUGCGGGCAGCACUGUGGAUUCAAAAUCUGCAGCGCACAGCUACCAGAAUGGUUGCGAAAAUGAGCUUGGGAAGGUCAUAUCAAAUGUUCGUUCAGAUCAAUGCUAUGAAACUGACACAUCACAUAUUAGCAAAAAUCUAGCUGGGGUUGAAAAAGUUUAUGUCGAGGAGGACGAUUCUCAAUAUGAGGAUGGGGAACUUAGAGAAUCUGGUGAUUGUUAUUGGGUGGAUGAUGGUUAUGAAGAUGUUAAACAUGCCAACUGGCAUUAUCAGGUAUCAGAUUACAAGAAUGAAGAAGCUACUCCUGGCCUCACGUCUCUCCAUACUGAUUCUGUUGCAAAUAAUGUGGUUAUUCCUGUUGCUAAUGACAAUGGACCACAAUCUAGAAAGGAGGACAUUGCUGUUUCACCUGUGUCAUCUAAGUGUUCAUGGUUAACAAACUGCUUAGAUGGUGGAUCUAUAGCUGAUGGAAAGUCUCAAAGUAUUCAUUUGAGAGGUGAUACUAACAUGUAUGGGUCAAACCCAAGCCGUGUAGCAGUUAGAUCUGCUACAACAGUAAGCCAGUCUGAAAGGUGCAACGAUGCCCUAGGUGAUAUGUUAAAUAUCAGAAUGAAGAACACAGGUUGGGAUAUGAUGCCUGAAGAUCAAAAGCACUCUCAACAUGAUGCAAGGGAUGUGACUGAUUCGUCUAAUCGGUGUGUUUUGAGCUCAGAUGCGGCUAGAGACGAUGAUUCACUGCAAAAAAAGGGACUAUUGAAUAGAGAUCUUCAAGGAGUGGAACGGCAAAAAUCAUUUGACAGACCCCAGAGGAAUGAAUUGAGCAGAUCUGACGAUGGUUAUGGCUCAGGCUCAAAAUCUGGAAGGGCAAUGGACUCUCAUGGAUCGCAUGACAUGUAUGGCACAUCCCGUCAUGUUCAGACAAGCGCUCGGGUGGAGUGGGUGGAAAGUUCAAAACGUCCUCGUUCUACUCGGCACAAAUCACCUGAAUAUUAUAAUUAUGGCACAUCAGGUCCAAGGAAUGCUGCAGAAGCUGCUGUGGCAAAGAUGCAGAGCAGUGGCUUUGUUGUUGCACGUGAUGGCACUUUAGUAAGAGCUGUUGAUGCUGCAAAUGCUGGUCAGAUGCCCAGAAGGAUGCGAAAUCCUUUAAGUAGCUCAUGCCACCUGAUUUCUGGAUGGGGUUCCCCAGUUGACAGGGAUGAAGCCUGUGGGAUGUCCAGAGGCCCCGUGCAUGCUAGGAAAGCAUCUCCAGAGCGUCACUUUGGUGCAAAUAGUAACCGGUCCAGUCGAUAUGGUUCUGAAAUGGAGAAAAAUCAUACUACUGAUGCAAAUUUGAGUUCUGUCCAUUGCUCGCUGUCCAGUAGACAACGAGGCACCCCGACAUCUAGAGCAUCACUUAACCUUUCCCGUGCUCACAGCAGAUCUCCUUCUGGGUCCAGGUCUCGAUCCCCACAUGAUUGGGCACCUAGGAACAGAGGCAAGAUCAUGGCAAAUGGAGGUUCAACUUUAUGGAAGCAUAGUAGAUCUCCACCUAAUCACAUGACUAAAGGUGAAAUUGGUAGAAUGGCUUCACCUCGGAGACAACCUGGAUAUGAUGAUCGAGCUAUGUGUUACAGUCCACUAUCAAGAAACAACACAUACUCCAAGAAUGCUUCGACAUGGGUUGAUGGAAGGAAUGGUUCAGCAGUGGAUAUUUCUGAUGAUCAUAAUAAAAGGUAUUCAAGGAGAAGCUCACCUCUGAGAAUUACCUCACGGAAUGACAGAUUUGAUGUCAUGGACUCCCAAGGACGACCAAGGUCUGGAGAAUUCUACCGUCCGACACAAGGAAGACUUCUUUAUGGUUACAAUAGGGAAAAUAAGCAUGGCAGAAAUGGUGAAGAUGGAAGGGAAUGCACUGAUAGAUAUGCGAAUAAUUCUGUCAAGCGAUAUGACCGGAGUGGUGCAGUAAAGCAAUUUAGAAAUGAUACUGGUGAUAAAUUUCGGACUCGUAUUUCUGCUCCCAGAUCGCCAGAUCUCCAAAGGGGGGUGAGUCCUCGGAGAUUUGACAGAAGCUUUGAGAGGUAGCUGACUAGCUGGCUGUGAAUUUGCCUUAUAGAACUAAAAUGGAAAAUAAAGACCUGUCUGGAUGAUUGAGCCAGGAAAUGUUGCAAAACCUUGAUGGAGUUCAAUCAUAGGGGUUGAUGGAGGACUCUUGGCAGCACUGUUUUUUUUUCUGCUUCUGCUGCAUAUAUUCAAGGCACAGAAAUGUUGGACCAUGCACUUCUGUACGGGGAAUUCAGAUUAACUUCAUAAUUUUCCUGUUUCAGUCUGUAAAUAUUUAUGUUGGUAGCAGAAUUACAAUCACUCCUUUCAGCUUUAUUAUAGCUGUUCUUUUUUUUAAUUUCUGAUACUUUAUCAUGUUUGUCCCUUUUGUUUUUUCAAUGGGUAUUGUCCCUGUACGAGGUCCAUUUUAACAUGAUGAAUCAAUUAAAUUUUGAGCUCAAA